AUGAGUUGUGGAGAUGAGUUUGUGGAUACUUUAAAAAAAAUUGGUUAUCCAAAGAGUGAUAAUCUUAAUGGAGAAGAUUUUGACUGGUUAUUUGAAACUGUUGAAAAUAAACCUUUUUUGGAGUGGUUCUGUAAAAAUGUGAAUGAACAGCAUGUAUUGACUGAAAAAGAACUGCAAGCUUUUAGCACCCUUCAAAAAUCUGGCAAGCCCAUCCUAGAAGAACAAGCAUUGGAUGAAGUUCUUAAAACUCGGAAAACUUCUGAUCUGAAAACAUCUAGUUUGGAAGGAGUUGAACUAGAAAAAUUAGAGACUGAACUCCAAGCUCUUCAGAAGUUAAAAAAUCUAAAAAUUCAGCGACGUAGUAAAUUCCAGUUGAUAACUUCAGCAAACAGUCAUAGCUCACUCCAGUUAAGUGCUAAAGAAGAAGAAGUUGCUAAAAAUUUAAAGGAGAGUCAAGGAUUUCUAAAUGCUGUAAAUUCCAAGAUAACUAAUGAACUUCAAGAUCUUAUUGAUGGAGUUGAGAAAUUGACAUCAUUCUUUGGUUGUUUAGAGAGAAAACAAGGAACAGCACCAGUAUUUUUAUCUCAGCUUGCCUUGGAAAAAUAUUUAAGCCAAGAAGGACAAAGCACAGUAGCAUUAACUUCAUACACCAAAAAACAUUUCUUUCAGGGUAUACAGGAUCUAGUUGAAAGUUCAAAUGAAGAAAAUUUUCAGCUUUUUGAUAUACAAACAUCAUCUGUUUAUGAUGAUAACGAUAAUGAAGCUCAUGAGGAGAGACGCCUUGAGAUGGCUAGGAUGCAGCUGGCUUAUGUUUGUGUACAACAUCAAUUAAUUCAAUUGGAAGCAAACAAAUGUAGCCUUCAAUCACGUAUAAAAUGUGCAGAGGAGACUCUUCAAACCCUGUCUGGCAAGGCUCUUGACAAAGAAAACUUAGAGGCUGAAAUUUCUAACUUCAGCAGUGAGAUUCUUAAACUUGAAGAACAAAUCACCCAACUGAAUAAUAAAACAUUGCCUGCUGUGGUGAAAGAAAAUGCUCAAUUACUGAAUAUGCCUGUUGUGAAGGGAGAUUUUGAUCUGCAACUUGCUAGACAAGACUAUUACACUUCAAGACAAGAAUUAGUUCUUAAUCAGCUGAUAAAACAGAAGGCAUCUUUCGAACUUCUGCAGCUAGCAUAUGAGAUUGAACUGAGGAAGCAUCGGGAUACUCACCGGCAACUUGAAAGCUUGACUCAGGAACUUAGUCAAAGUAAUACUAUAUUGCAUCGACGAUUAGAAAUGUUAGCUGACCCAUCUAUAUCUCUGCAGACUCAUCCAAGGAAUACUAUUGAUGCCAAGGAUUGUUCUACUCAUAGGCUUUAUCAGCUUUUAGAAGGGGAAAAUAAGAAACAAGAAUUGUUCAGAACAUAUGAAGGUCUGGAAAAAGUGGCUCAGAAACUGAAGGAAGAUGUUUCAUCUGCACGAGAUCAACUGGUGAUAGUUGCUCAAGAACAUUCUCUCUUUCUGUCCAAACUGAAUAAUGGUGUGGAUAUGCUUUGUGAUACGUUGUAUUGUGGAGGAAACCAGCUUUAUCUUAGUGAUCAGGAAUUAAAGGAACAGUUUCAUCAAGUUGACUCUCAUUUGAAAAAGCUAAAUCAUCUGCUUAUGGACAUUCUUGCUAAUGUAAAGGCAAAGAGAAGAAUUUUGGCAACCGAUAAACUAUAUCAAAUGGAACGAGAAUUAUAUGUAUAUUUUUUCAAAGAUAAAGAAUAUUUACGGGAUAUUGUGGAGAAUUUAGAGAAUCAGUUAAAGAUUACAACUAUUGGUCUUGAAAAUCAAGAAUGAAAUUACUGAAAACCAGAUAUUCAGUAUCAUAUUCAUGAUAUGAAAUUUGUAUUAUUCUGACAUAGGAGGGGGCGAUUUUUGUGUUUCUUCUUAUGCAAUAUAAUGGUCCAAAGUAUCAGCAGCUUUUAGGAAAAGAGCUUUUGCUUUGUGAAAGCAAUACCAGGUGGCCUUUCUCUGUUAUCCCUCAAGGGGUAAAAAAAGUAUUCAGUUGCAUUGUAAUGAAAAUAUUA